ACUUUAGUCCCUUCCGGUAAUUGACACGACAGGGCGCCCUGAAGGGGGAGGGGAGAGCUCCCUCCAUAAAUGGUCCCACCCCUGGGCAAGGUGGCUCACUCAGGCAGGUAGCAACGGGGGAGUGAGCACCUGCCGCCGGGCGAGCUCGGCCAGACUGCGAGACGAGGCGGAGCGAACUGAGGGAGUGAGUCAACCAUGGACAAGUUGAAGUGCCCGAGCUUCUUCAAGUGCAGAGGGAAGGAGAAAGUGACAGCUUCAUCUGAGAAUUUCCAUGUUGGUGAAAAUGAUGAGAAUCAGGACCGUGGUAACUGGUCCAAAAAAUCGGAUUAUCUUCUAUCUAUGGUUGGAUAUGCAGUGGGAUUGGGGAAUGUGUGGAGAUUCCCCUAUUUGACCUACAACAAUGGUGGAGGCGCCUUCUUGAUACCUUAUGCGAUCAUGCUGGCCCUGGCUGGUUUGCCUCUGUUCUUCCUAGAGUGUUCACUGGGACAAUUUGCUAGCUUAAGUCCAGUUUCAAUUUGGAGGAUUCUUCCAUUGUUUCAAGGUGUGGGAAUUACGAUGGUCCUGAUAUCCAUUUUUGUGACGAUCUAUUACAAUGUCAUAAUUGCCUACAGUCUUUAUUACAUGUUUGCUUCUUUCCAAAGUGAACUGCCGUGGAAAAAUUGUUCAUCUUGGGCGGAUCAGAACUGUAGCAGGUCACCUAUAGUUACUCAUUGUAAUGUCAGUACAAAUACGGGGGAGAUCAUCCGAGUCAAUAGAAGCUGGAUAUACAACAACAGUUUAACCUGCAUCAAUGGAAGUGAAGCUUAUCAGCCAGGGCAACUUCCCAGUGAACAAUAUUGGAAUAAAGUGGCGCUGCAGCGGUCAAGUGGAAUGGAUGAGACUGGAGUAAUUGUGUGGUAUUUAGCACUUUGUCUUCUUCUGGCUUGGCUCAUAGUUGGAGCAGCGCUAUUUAAAGGAAUCAAGUCUUCUGGCAAGGUGGUAUAUUUUACAGCUAUUUUCCCCUAUGUUGUCCUACUCAUCCUGCUAAUCCGAGGUGCAACUCUGGAGGGUGCAUCAAAAGGCAUUUCAUACUAUAUUGGAGCACAGUCAAAUUUUACAAAACUUAGGGAAGCAGAGGUUUGGAAGGAUGCUGCCACUCAAAUAUUUUACUCCCUUUCAGUGGCUUGGGGUGGCUUAGUUGCUCUAUCAUCUUACAAUAAGUUCAAUAACAACUGCUUCUCAGAUGCUAUUGUAGUUUGUUUGACAAACUGCCUCACUAGUGUGUUUGCUGGAUUUGCUAUUUUUUCUAUACUGGGACACAUGGCUCAUAUAUCUGGAAAGGAAGUCUCUCAAGUCGUAAAAUCAGGUUUUGAUUUGGCAUUCAUUGCUUAUCCAGAAGCGCUAGCCCAACUCCCAGGUGGGCCAUUUUGGUCCAUAUUAUUUUUCUUCAUGCUUUUGACUUUGGGUCUCGACUCUCAGUUUGCAUCCAUUGAAACGAUUACAACAACGAUUCAAGAUUUAUUUCCCAAAUUGAUGAAGAAAAUGAGGGUUCCUAUAACUCUGGGGUGCUGCUUGGUUUUGUUUCUCCUUGGUCUCGUCUGUGUGACUCAGGCUGGAAUUUAUUGGGUUCAUUUGAUUGACCACUUCUGUGCUGGAUGGGGUAUUUUGAUUGCGGCUAUACUGGAAAUCAUAGGAAUCAUCUGGAUUUAUGGUGGGAACAGAUUCAUUGAAGAUAUAGAAAUGAUGAUUGGAGCAAAAAGGUGGAUAUUCUGGCUAUGGUGGAGAGCUUGCUGGUUUGUUAUUACUCCUCUUCUUCUGAUUGCAAUUUUGAUCUGGUCAUUGGUGAAAUUUCAUAGACCUGAUUAUGCCCAAAUUCCAUAUCCUGACUGGGGAGUUGCUCUAGGCUGGUGUAUGAUUAUUUUCUGCAUUAUUUGGAUUCCAAUUAUGGCCAUAGUAAAAAUAAUUCAAGCUGAAGGAAGUAUCUUUCAACGCUUUGUAAGCUGCUGCAGACCAGCUUCUAACUGGGGUCCAUACCUGGAACGACAUCGUGGGGAGAGAUAUAAAGACAUGGUAGACCCUAAAAAAGAGACUGACCAUGAAAUACCUACUGUUAGUGGCAGUAGAAAACCAGAAUGAGAUCUAAUUUAUAAAAAUAUGUGGUCAUACAAUGUGAUUAUUUUAGAACAGAGGAAAAUUUUAUUUAUUUAUAUGCUGGCCGAGUAGAAAAACGUCUAUACUAUAUUCAUGAUAGUAUAAACUUUUUUCCCAUUUAAGCAGGAAUGUAAUAUAAUGUGAAUCUACUACUAUUUAACAAUGUGAUUAUUAUAUUUCUUUUUAGAUUAUCUAUCUGUAUAACACACAGCUGUCUCUAUGUCACUUUUGUAAAUAUUAUAUUUUUCUAAUACGCUGAAGACGUUAUAUUGAGCCAGUGAUUUAGAAAACUGUUAUAUUUUCUAUUAUAUAAGUUUUAAAAUAUUAUUUGCUUUUAUUUUCUUAGUUUACAAACUGUCUUUUCCAUAAAGCUGGGGGAAAUAAAUCAGUAUAUUUAAAAGAAAGUGUUAAAAUUGAAGGCCUCGUUUAACUAGAAAUGUCAUACAUAUAUGAAAAAAUGGAUUGUGUAUAUGAGCACUGUAGUUUAAUACUUUUAAUCCAAAUAUAUAUAUAAAAUUUUCAUGUA